CCUCCCACUGUGUGAACUAAGCUUGUGUCAAAGUGUUGCUGCCUCUGUCACAGAAAGAACAGUUCACUUUUAACUGCAGCUGCAGUACCUUGUGUGAUAACCUCUAUCAGCAUUAUUCAAAGUGCGAGGUUGGGUUUGUAACCAUGAUAUCAAGAUUGGUCUUUCUCCUUUUCUGUGGACAUAUUGCACUAACCCUGGAAAAUGCUGAGAAAUUGCCAAGAGUGAAAAGACAGAGUCUGAAAGUUCAGAUCAACGCAACAGAUGAUACUGUUUGCAUGAAGUAUCUUCGACCAAGUCAAAACACCAAACUUGAAGGUUUUGUCCUGGGUUAUGGAAGCAGCUUCUUUUCUAAUCAGUACAUUCCUUUACCUUCUGAAGGAAAAACAUACAUAACUGAACUUGAUGCAGAGCCACGGUAUUUAGUUUCAGUAAGACCGGCACGCAAUUCAAAUAACAAGAAAUCUUGCUCAGGUCGGACCAAGACUCAAAAGCCUCUGCAGCUGGUAGUUGGGACUCUGACACCAACCUCUGUCUUCCUCUCUUGGGGCAUCCUAGUCAACCCUCAACAUGACUGGACAGCAACAAGUAACUGUGCUAGUGACAGGUUCUAUACCGUUCGUUACAGAGAAAAGGAUAAAGAAAAGAAAUGGGUUUUUCAGCUUUGCCCAGUUACAGAGACAGUGGUGGACAAUCUGAAGCCAAACACACUUUAUGAAUUUGGAGUUAAAGACAACAUAGAGGAUAGUAUUUGGAGCAAGACUUUCAAUCACAAGACAGUUCUGUCUAAUAAAAAAGUAAAUGGACAACUCCAGAACAUGUACAAGUUGGUACCUAAUACCCAAACACAGCUUACUCUAAGAGAUAAUAAGAAGUUAGUCCCUGUCACAAUAAUCAAACAAGUUAUUCAAAAUCGGACGCUGUCAAAGACUCCAGAUAGUUCUUCUCUGCCAGGAGCAAUAUUAGUGCACCUUGUUGUUCCAGGUCUCAAUGAAACUCAACAGAAACUUCCUCCUCUCCUGACGAUAGAUGACAUAUCUCAAGCAUCCAAGAAAAAAAUAGCUAAGAAUGAAACUCGAGCAUGGCCUGCUGAAUCCAAAACACCAGAAGUUCAAGAAAUCUCCCCACAGUCCCUGCCAGCUGAAACGGAGAAAAACAAUGGACCUGAGGAAUUUAAAUCAACACCUAAACCUGAAUUGGCGCAAACUCAAAGCAUACUGGCUUCUAAUGAAAUACAGCCACUUCCUCCUGGAUCCAGAAUCUCUGAUGCUCCAAAAAGUCCACUGACAGAACUUGCUACUCAGAGUCCAGCCUUGAAAUCCAUAUCUCUCCCUCCUGUGGAAACCAGAGACAUGGAGAUGGCUUUUGAUGAAACACAGCCUAUUUCUUCAAGAUACAAAACAUCUGGCACCACAGAAGUGCGACCAACCAAAUCUGCUUCACAUGGCUUUCUUCAUGUUACUUCUACUCCUCAAACUUUUGCAACUCCAGAAAUAUCAGACACUGCUAAAGAUACUGCUGAGUUGGAAAUAUCCGUGCCUGUGAUUACCACAGAACCUCAUUUCUUAGAAAUGGCAAUGGAUGAAACGAAGCCCCUUUCUUCAAGAUCCAAAACGUCUGGCUUGCCAGAAAUGCUACCAAUCUCAGCUGCUUCUCGGAGACCAAGGCUGAAGUCCACCUCUCUUCCCUCCCUGGCAACCCAGCAAACAGUGAAGGCUGCACCUGACUUUCUUCAGGUUACUUCUACUUUCCAAACCUCUGCAUCUGCAGAAAUGUCAGAGACAGAGACUGCUGCUGAUGAAAUAAAGCCAGUUUCUUCAAGAUCCACAACAUCUGGUAUUCCAGAAACAGCAUCAACAAAAUCUGUAACUGUUCAAACACCUUUGCAACCUGUUACAUUUGACUCAAGUAAAGUGGAAAUGGCUACACAGGAACCAGUCCUGAAAUCCACAUCUCUUCCCUCCAUGGAAACCAGAGGGACAGUGAUGGCUUUUGAUGAAAAGCAGCCUGUUUCUUCAAGAUCUGAAACAUCUGGCAUCCAAGAAAUGCCAUCAGCUGUACCUGCUCUCCCAAAGCCAGUCCUGGAAUCCACAGCUUUUCCCUCCCUGGAAACCACAAGGACAGUGAUGGCUACUUGGAGACCAAAACUGAAAUCUCCUUCUCCCUACCUGGCAACCCAAGGAACAGUGGAGGCUUCUCGGAGACCAAGGCUGAAGUCCACCUCUCUUCCCUCCCUGGCAACCCAGCAAACAGUGAAGGCUUUUGAUGAUAUUCAGCCUGUUCUUUCAAGCCCUAUGACACCUAGUAAGCCUGAAAUAGCAGAUCCUGGACCAGCAACAAGUGAAUCCAUUCUGGAAUCUUUCACACCUAAAACUUCUCGUCCUUUUCAAUGGCCAAGGGUAACAUUAGCUCCAAAAGAAACACCACUUAUUCCUUCUAAACUGAAACCAUCUGCUACCCCAGAAGUACAGCAUGUGAAACCUGCCCCUAAACCAUCGCUUUUUGAGCAUAGUACACCUAAAACAUCUCAGACCAGUGAACAACCAAAAGCAACACUAGCUCCUAAAGAAGCAAAACUUAUAACUUCUACGUUUAAACCUGCACCAUCUGCCAGAUCCAAAAAACCACGAAUCAAACCUGUUCCCAGUAAAGCUUCUCCUUCCAAACCUAAGGUCUUUCUGCACCCAGAAGAACCUAUGACAAUGCUGGCAGCAACCUUUCCAGCGUCAGUCACUACUAAGAAUCUGUACACAUUUGAACAUCCAAAGACCUCAGAGGCAACCAGGAAAUAUGUGCCAUUGCCAGUCAUUACUCUGAUUCCCCGUGCUCUUGAGCAUCUGCAGACUACAACUGCUCCAGCUGAAACACAAUUCAUUCCCACCCAGACUAAAACAUCCCCUCAGCCAGAACAAUCACAUUCUAAAUCUGUCUCGGAACCCAUUACAUUUAGAAUUGAACCACCAAGGUCAACAAUAGCUCCAAAAGAGACUCAACAUACUCCUUCUAAACCUAAACCUUCACCCAAACUUCAUAUCCCACAGGCCAAAGAUGUCCUGGAAUCUGUAACAUUUAGAACUGAUCAACCAAAAACAGCAAUAGUUCCAAAAGAAACGCACCGUGUUCCCUCCAAACCUAAAACAUCACCAAGCUCAGAGGUGCCACAAACCAAACCUGCUCCUAGAGAGACACGUCGUGGGCCUUCCAAACCUAAAACAUCACCUAGUCCACAUGUUCCUCCAACCAGAGCAAGUCCAAAAGAGAGUCAACGAGUCUCUUCCAAGCCCAAAGCAUCACCAAGCCCAGAUGUAUCACAGACAAAACCUGUUUUGGCACCUAUAACAUUUACAGUUGAAAAACCAAAGGCAACAAUAGCUCCUAAAGAACCGCAACAUACUCCCUUUAAACCUAAAGCAGCUCCCAUCCCAGAUGCUCCCUACAGCAAGCCUGAAAUCAUUCUACCCUUCCAUGAGCCAGUUACCACUAUGAUUCCUCAUAUUCCUGAACGAACAAAGGCAACACUGGCUCCAACUGAAAAACAGUUCAUUCCUACCAAACCAAAAACAUCUGCCAAGCCAAGAGUGCCACACACCAAACCUGCUCCAAAAGAAACACUGCACAUUCCUUCCAAACCCAAAACAUCUGUCGGGCCAGAAGUACCACAGACUAAACUCGCUCCAAGGACGACACACCUGGGAUCAAUUAACCUUAUAACGGUUCAUGUUGUUGAUGGGUCCAAAAUGACUUUGGUUCCCAAUGAAACAUACCAGCUCUCACCCAAGACCAAGAGUGCUCUAGCGACUGAAAUUCCCCAGUUGAAAACAGCACCACAUAAAAUACGCCUCACUUCUGCGAGACCAAAGCCAUCUGAUAAAUUACAGACCAGACCUGCUGUUAGUAGAACCACACUAGCGCCAGCUAGAACAAAAACUCUUGGACUGCCAAAAUGGAUUGUGCCAGCAACAGGUAGAGAUGAUGUAUAUACACCUGAGGAUAUCGUCAAACUAAUUGGCGUGGAUGUAGAAAAACCUAUGGAAUAUAGUGAUACAUGGGAAAAAAUGUUUUCUGUAACUACAUCACCUGGCCCUCACCGUCCUCCUGUACCUCCUGUCAAGCCCACACAGAUGCGAAGAAGACCUCUGCCUCCAAACACAGUGACUGGUAAACCAGGGAGUCCAGCUAAACCUGCUGGACCAACAACACUUGUGAAGACAGGAGUACCAUAUAAGACACCAACAGCUUCUGCAACUCCAGAUUAUUAUGUUGAUGCAACUGUCUUCAGCUCAAGUCCUACAUCAGAAACUGAUUCAUCAGGCAAACCAAGAUACCAAGCCCCUCAUGUCAAGUACAUGAAGAAAGAUGAUGAUGUGCCUUGUUCUAUCACAAGCUCCCUUGAACACUUCCCUCAAGAAGAAGGUGGCAGCAAGGAAGAAGCUACUCAUCCUCCACAAAACCCUCCAACCAACCUCACAGUGGUGACUGUCGAGGGCUGCCCAACUUUUGUCAUAUUGGACUGGGAAAAACCAGACAAUGACACUGUUACUGAGUAUGAAGUUGUGUCAACUGAAAAUGGAGGAAUUGAUGGUGAAAAGGAGCAAUCAAUUAUCACUACAAAUCAGACCCAUUCCACCGUGGAAAACCUAAAACCUGACACAAGUUAUGAAUUCCACGUGAAACCUAGAAACCCUCUUGGUGAAGGUCCAAGCAGCAAUGUUGUGGCAUUUAGUACCGAAUCAGCGGAUCCAAGAGUGAGUGAGCCCAUUUCAAUGGGAAAGGAUGCUAUCUGGACUGAAAUCCCAUUUAAUUCUGACACCUUUUCAGAAUGCAAAGGGAAACAAUACGUAAAGAGGACUUGGUAUAAGAAGUUUGUAGGUGUGCAGCUGUGUAAUUCUUUGAGAUAUAAGAUAUACCUCAGCGACUCACUUACAGGAAAAUUUUAUAACAUAGGAGACCAGAGGGGCCACGGAGAAGAUCACUGCCAAUUUGUAGACUCAUUCUUAGAUGGAAGGACAGGACAGCAAGAAGAUCUACCAGUCAAAGAUGGCUUUUUCAGGGCAGUUCGCCAAGAACCCGUCAAAUUUGGAAAAAUAGGUGGCGAGACUCAAAUUAACUAUGUUCGGUGGUAUGAGUGUGGAACAUCGAUACCUGGAAAAUGGUAGACCCGACAUGAACUUGGUAAAGAAAGAGGUCCAUCACUAUCCACCCCUUCCAACUGCCCAAAGCAAGCUCAAAGAUGAAAAUGUUUAUGGUAUGCCUGUCAUUUAAAGAAUUUUGCUAACGUGUAAUGGUUUAUACAAAUCUAAUGACAAUACUGCAUUAAUUGUGUAAUAGCAUAGGCUGCUUACUGUAGUUAUCCAGUUUUAAAAAUUUGGUUUUAGGUUUUAAAAAAAAACAACACAGGUUAAGGACAUGGUGUAGGAUAAUGUAUAGGGAAGCUGGCUCCCUAUUCUUGAGGUAUGGUUUAUAUGGUAUUUUAAAAGAUACAGUGUGUAUAUUAUUUAUCACAGUGUUGUAAUAAAUGUUUAAGGCACAGUUAUGGCAAAGUUGGUCAUGGAAUACAAUGUGCAUUAGUUUUAAAUAUUCACUGUUUUUUAUUAUAUUGUAAAGUGCUGUAAGCUAGUUCUCCCCAUUCAUAAAUUAUAGAAUAGAAAAAGACCCUAAAUCUUUUAAUAUCCUGCAACCAGUAAACAUGAAGAGCUUUCUCCUUAGACGUACAAACAAUUCAUACUCCUGCCAAAAACAAAGGUAGGUUUAUUGUACGUGCAGCUUUAAACGAUCAAGUUAGUGUGUUUUGGUUUUUUUCCCCCCAUGGUAGUUUUCAAACGCAAGCUUCAACUCUGGCAAAACGGUAUGAGCAGCCUAUUGCUAAAAAGUUAGAAAUAUCUGCCUGUUUAACUUGGCAGUGCUUUAGUUGGUUUGUUUAUCUGUAAUUAAAGCAGACAGGUAUAUAUGUACAUGAGAAAAGAAUAUACGCAACUGACCUCCACUGCCAUGGCUUUUCAUUAACGUGUACUGUUUUCAGAGGUUUAGCCUUAAUACUUCAACAGCCAAAUGUAUAUAUAGUACAGGAGGAUUUGGAAAUGUCCGAAAAUACAAAAUGUAGAAGAGAGGCCCCUGUAUUUAAAACUAAGCUAAUAAUAAUAGCACAGUUUGUUUCAUAAACAGAAAAAAGUGGUUUAAAAAAUGUUUGUUGUUUGGGGAAAAAGGGAAAAUAGUGAUAAACGAACUUUUAAAACUGCUUUUAAUUUUGAUUAAAAUCUCUCCCAAAGCUACUUGUUGUACUGCUUGAACAUUUAUGAACUAAAUAAAGAGAUGUAGUUUUUUUUUAAGGUGUUAUUCAUUACACUAUUAAUGUAUUGAAAAAAUAUGAACAGGAACACUAAGAUAUAUAUAGUAGAAAUAAUCAUUUAUAGAAAAUGCCUUUAAAGUACAUUGCAGGUACACUGUACUACUACUAAUAAAAUAUUUUUUAAUCAAA